AUGAUCGCAAGCAACAAAUCGUGGACGACAAAGUCGAAACGCAGGCCUCAAGCAAUGACGACAGGUCCAAAGUCAAGUCCAGAUUCCAGCUCUGGUAUAGAUCAUGAAGGGAAACUCAAACUUGAUGAUUCUCGCGAAUCUAGUGCAACUCAUGAGAGUAAAAUAGCCUUCCCAAACAAAGACAACUAUUCUUCUCCUCCUCUUCAUCCCACUUCCACACCUACAAAUUUACCAACACCUUCAUUUACACUAACAUUUACACCAACGCCUAGAAGAGUUAAAGUUUACCACUUGAGUGGUGAUGACUGGGUUGAUAAGGGCACCGGAUAUUGUGUUGGAGAGAUCAAUGAGGAUACGAAAGAGGCAUUUUUUGUUGUGCGGGGAGAAUCCAAGGCGAAGAAAAUCAUUCUCAAGUCCAAGCUCGAAGGCACGAUCCAAUACCAGCGACAGCAAGAAACUUUGAUUGUAUGGACAGAUAAUACUGGAUUGGAUCUUGCACUCUCUUUUCAAGAGAGCGAAGGGUGUGCUGAUUUGUGUGAAUUUAUAAUCAAGAUUCAGCAAAGCGGUAUUUGUCCAGAGAUCUCCUUGUAUUAUGUCACAGCAAAUGCCGAAGAUGGCGAAGAUCUUACCGAGCUUAUAACUGGACCCAUUCGAUUUCCGCCCGAACCCAAAAAUGAUAAUUUAGAUAUUGUCCUUGAGUGUUUGAGCUUUGGUAUCAAUUCAAAUUACAUGCGCAGAAAACUUCUGGAUUAUAUCAUUAGUUCAGGUUACUUUGACAAACUUUGCAGUUUCUUCAAUGAGACGGAAUUAAACAAAGAUGUUACAAGUUUGUGUCAAUUAAAUGAGGUUAUAAGAGUUAUAUUUCAUUAUAAUGACCAUGAAUUGAUUGAAAAGAUUUUCUUAGAUGAGAGCAGAGUACAGAGCAUUGUGGGUAUGUUGGAAUACAAUUCAAACUCAUGCAACUCCAAUGUCAACUCUGAUUCCAGCUUUAGAAAUCUUCUAAAGCGGAAUUUUGAUAUACGGUUGAUUGUACCCAUUGAGAACAUACAACAAUUCAAAAGGAUUCAUUAUUUAGUAGUCUUGAAAGAUUUGGUUGAAUACGCAGGUUCGUUUGACGACCAGGUUUUAUAUAUGCUCUCAUCGAUGGUUGAAUCUCACCAAAUGGAUAUUCUUCGUCGACUUGGAGAUGUCAAAUUUUUACAGAACUUAUUUAAAAUUUACGAUACUGUUGUUGAUAUAGAUGGUAGGGAUAUUGACAACAAUGACAACAAUGACAACAAUGACAACAAUGACAACAAUGACAGUGUGAAUAUGGAACAAAAAGAAGUUUUUUUGGUAAAGAGAGACACAGCAAGGAUGAUACAUCAAUACGCCAAACUUGCAAACUCUUUACAGAAACUGGAUUUCUUAUCCGCUUUGUGCAAUGCAGGACUAGUCAAAGUUAUUCUUUAUGCGUUGAGUGAUGGAGACGUUUCUGUGAAAAAGCUAGGAUUGGAAAUGAUUAUCGAUGUCAUUGAUCAUGAUGAUAUACAUCCAGAGUCACCUGCGCUUUCUUUUACUUCUGACAAUUUGCAACAGCCUUCUUUGACAAUAGAAACAGAAGAUAAAGAAAGCAACAACAACAACAACAACAACAACAACAACAACAACAACAACAACAACAACAACAACAACAACAACAACAACAACAACAACAACAACAACAACAACAACAACAACAAGAGCAAUAAAAUUAAUGAAAUUGACAAAAACAAAUUUGUUUGUGACCAGGCUAUCGACAUGCAAGGAAGGGACUCCCGAUUUUUAUUUGCUGAGAGGCUUCUUCUAAUAUCUGGAGUGAGCAAAAUUUUGAUUGAUACAUCAGAAACAAGUUUGAUAGGCUACGCUUUUGAAGCCGCUAAACAUUUGCUCAAAGUUAACUCAGACCUGAUUAAAAAGAAAGAGAGCAGCCAACAAAAUAUAGAAAAUGAAAUAGAAGAGGCGUCAAGUGAUUUGUUCAUAAGAAUAGAUGAUCAUAUUAAUAUUGGUGAGCACGAUGAUAUGAGUUCUCAAGAAUAUUUGAAAUUGUUCUACACUUCAUUUGCUCCGUACCUUUUUAAAAACCUUAUUGACAUUGUAGAACUUAUGACAGCAACAACCACUACUACUACGAAAACAACAACAGCAACAAUAAAAACGGCUACAACAACUUCGACCGCGACAGCAUUGGUUGACAAAGAAAAGAAUCUCAAAAGUGAGAAACCAUUACGAUACAACGAUUGCCUUUAUCAACUUUACUGUGAACUUAUAUCUGUGAUUUUAUCAGAGCAUCCACCAAUACUUGUUAUUCCUUUUCUAAUAGAGCAUGAUGUAUUGAAGGGGCUUGCCUUUCUACUUGUUUCAGAAUAUGGAUUAGUUUUGAAGACGCAUAUAGUGCGGUGUCUAAAGGGCAUAAUUUUACAGGGCCAUGGCAAGUUAAAUGACUAUAUAAUGAAAGAGGGGAUUUUGGACAAGUUUAUGACAUUUUUUACAAGCGUCGCUGCAAAGAAAAAUUUGGCAACUUCGACGUGUUUAAGUUUAUGUGACAGUUUGCGCAACUCGUAUGGAUCGUGUGAUUUUGAAGCAAAAAGCAGUACAAGAAAAAUUGCCAGAUAUUUGGUUGGCAAUUAUAGAUCUUUUUUACUAGAGCAAGUGCGUUGUUCAAACUUGGGGGAAAGACUAGUGACGUUGGUGAAUGCAGACAACGAUGGAUUCCAAUCAGAUACUUCUUUGUGUAUUAAUCAAAUUGAAAUUGACACUAAUGCAGACAAUAUCAUGCUUGCCUCCUCCCCUCAAAAAAGUUGCGAUGCUAAAUAUAGUAUAAAAGAUCAUUCAGACGAAAAUGGAAUGUUCAAAGAAAGAAAUGGUAACGAUGAUGAAAAUGAUACGCUGAGAGAAUGUACUAUAAAUGGCGACCCUGAAACUAGAACAAAAGAUUUUGAUAAUAGACCGAAGUCUGAAGGUGUUUCUGAUUCUGGUUCUGAUUCUGGUUGUGUUUCUAGUUCUGUUUCUAGUUUUGAAAAGAUGUGCAAUGGAUCAAAUGGACAAGACUAUCAGAUAGGAGAUAAGCGAGCUCAUGAAAGUGACGAAAAUGGUCAUCGACGAGAAAGUUCAAAAGUUCAUGGUACGAUUGCCGGACUUAAUAAUGACGAAAAGCUUAAACAAGAACAGCUGCAGCAGGAACAGCUGCAGGAGCGAGAGGGGAAUAAAGUGUAUCAAUUAGAAAGUGCAAAUAACGAGCUUAGCCCAGGCAGUUCUAGCACAAGUGCCAGCACUGGCACUGGCACCGUGUUGCUGGAUAUCGAAGAAUCAUCCAAUCCUCAUACUAGCGAUUCAAAGUUUGAAAAUGUAAAGUGUGCAUUGAUAGAAGCGGGUGGGAGCACAGUAAUCAAUGGAGAAUGA